AAAUUGACCAAUAGGAAGGCGCAUUUUCAGGCUCGCAGCCAAUGGCUCCAUUCUCCUUCUUUCCCUGGCACAAGGCGUCGGUUCGGACUGAAUGUUUGAAGGCAACUGAAGCAGAACCUGUUGCUGAGCUUGGGAAAAAGUGACCAUGGCCCGCGAAGAAUCCAAGACUCGCGGCCGGCGAACUCAAUCGAGUUCAAGGUCUCGUAAGGCGAGCAGGAGUACCAGCAGAGGCCGUCAACCGAAGGCUGCAAAGUCACCCCCAAGCCCAGUAAAAAAAGCAAAGUCUCCAGAGCGCAAGAGUAGUCCAGCACGAAAGGCAGUCUCCCCUGCUCGCCCCGCAACGCCAGCAAAGAAGGCAGUUUCUCCGGGUCGUCCGGCAACGUCGGGAAAGAAGGCAGCCUCUUCGACACGCGUGCAAAGUCCGACGAAGAAGGCCGCGUCGCCCGUUCGAGCAAAAAGUCCAGCCAAGAAGACCACGUCCCCCAAGCCUCGGGCACGCAGCCCAGCUAGAAAGAAGCCCUCAUCGCCAGCUCGCGGAAGGAGCGCUACACGAAAGGGGGCCUCUCCGACGAGGGGGAGAAGUCCGGCAGCUAAGAAGACCCCGGAUCGUCCAAAGAGUCCGACGAAAAAGGCAGCUCGCCCGCAGUCAAAGAGUCCAUCGCGUGCGCGCACGCCCGUCAUCGUGACAAGUGUGGUUGAUGCUCGUGCAAGAGGUGACGCCAAAUUUUUAAACAACCUCGCAGGUGUCAAGGAUUCCCCGGCAGUUUCAGUUUCGAAACCCACACCAAAUGCGGUUGUAUCUCCGAUGGCCGUGCGCCAACGCUCUUCGCUGCUCAGCGGAACUCCGCUCAAUUCCGUGGGGAAGCGCGAGGGGUUGUUCGAAGGAACGGCCACCGUGUUUGAGAAGAAAGGAACGAUAUCUUUUACGGACGUGCCGUCGGGGUCGCUCAGGAUGUCGGCACGAAUUGCUUCCAUGCAGGCAUCAAAGGAGGAAGAGGAGGAGGUAGCCGAGAAGGAAAAACAGACAACAUCAGAAGCUCAGGGGCCAUCCAAAAUGUGGUCAGUGCUGCAACGGGUAAAUUCCUUUGGAUGGGUUCCAACGAUCACGGCUCUCCUGUGGCUGGUUCUUAUACCUACUGUGCUUAUUGGCUCGUACCUACUGUGUGGAAAGGGUCAAUGUUCCAUCUCAACCUUACCCACCUUGCCCAAGACACUGAAUUCGUACCUACAUUGGAAGAUUGCCAUAGGGUACGGAAUCUUCUUCCUGCUUCAGGCCCUUUUACAGGCCAUUCCCGUCGGGCGAACAGUCUACGGAUUCCCCUGCAAGCUGUUCAAGCAACACGUUGCCUACAGGUACCGCCUCAACGGAUGGCUGAACUUGACCGGCACAGUUGUCGUCUGCGUCGCGUUGACCCACUAUGGCUUCCCCUCCACGGUCGUCUACCGCUUCUGCUUCCAAACCCUCCUUACAGCACUUGCCGCUUCGGUCGUGCUCUCUGUGGUGUUCUACAUCAAGGGUCACUUUGCGCCGAAGAACCAUCGGAAUCCUGCAGGCAACACUGGCAACGUGCUCAACGACUUCGUUGUCGGCCGGGAAAUUGCACCACGUGUCGGCGAAAUGUACGACCUGUCCGUGCUUCUAUUCCGCACGGGGUUUAUGAGCCUGGCAGUGCUUCUGGGCUCCAUGACCUGGUACGAAUACCUACAGCAGAGGGGUCUCAACUACAAUUUUGCCAUUUCUGCUUUUUGUGGGCUGCUGUACGUUCUGCUCUACGUACUUGAUGAGGAAUAUUUUCUCGGCAGCGUUUUCAUCACCGAGGAUGGGCUGGGCUAUUUCUCAACGGCUGGCAACCUGGCAGCGUUACCCUUUGUCUUUGCCUUUCCAGCCAAGUUCCUUCUGGAACACAAACAAGUACUGCCCAUCUACUGCCUGCCAGGAAUUGUCAUACUCUUUCUCGCCGGACUUGCCUUGAUUCACUUCUCGAACAAACGAAAGUACUGCUUCCGUCGUAACUGGCCUGACCCUACGGCGCGUGGACAAGGACUGGACUAUCUGACCGACAAGUCUGGAAAUCGCCUCCUGGUAUCGGGCACCUGGGGCUUUGUUCGUCACCCCAACUACCUUGGCGACCUUCUAUGCACCCUCGCUCUUGCUCUUCCAUGCGGCUUCAAGCAUGUUCUCCCCUUCUACGGCCUCCUGGCAACUGCCAUUUUCCUCGUUGUCCGAACGUAUGAGGUUGAGCGCAAGUGCAGGGAGCGCUAUGGUGAUCUGUGGCGAAAGUACACGGAGCGAGUCAAGUACCGGAUCGUCCCAUAUGUCUUUUAAAGAACAAGUGCAUCGUUUCAUGCUCGGUGACAUUGCACCGUUGGAUUGUUUUUAAGAAGUGACCAACAACACCCAGUGUUUUGAGAUUUGUCAUGCUCAUGGGGCUAAGUCUUGCAGAUAGUUGGUAGGAUCUAGAAGAAAAAUUGGGAAAUUGGCGAGAAAAUGAAAUAUCGAUUAUUUGAGGUGCAUCCUCGAAGGUAGCAACAAGCACCUAGUGUUGCGUUCACUGUAAAAUUAGUGAACGUUGUUAAAUUUUAAUGAGGACUGUUAUAAGAUUGCUCAAUUCACUAAAAAUUCACUAAAAAACAUUCAUUUAAAGGUUCAUCACAUCUCAUGACGUGGAUGCUUGAUCAUCCUCAGCCAAACCCACUAAGAGUUUUUAAUCGUCAAAGUGUUUUGUUUAGAGAUGUCGAACAACGAGUGUUUGUUUUUUCAUGUUCAUCGCUUAAAUUUAUCUUCAAUGAAUUGUAAAUCCCACAGCAGCAGUGGCGCAUGCCUAGCUGCUCUUUACGCGAAAGUAUUAUAUUGUUUGUAUAACAAAUUUUUAAUCGCAUACAGGUAAUCAUGUUCAUUGUUCAUCGUGUUGUAAAUACACCAUAUCUUAAAAAUUUUGACGAGAGUUUGUUCCAAAGUGGACGACAACCAACGCGUCACUUCCGGUUGUGUGUUUCUGCGGAGGAUAGAGAUGGCAAUAUGUAUCAAAAGUGCAUGUCAUCCCUUGUGGCUUCACUUAAUGUAUCAAUACACAUCAUGUUCAUUAUCACACUUGUCUCAAGAUUGCGUGCUAUACGUGAUUUCUGUUUGAAGGGCUAUGUAUUAUGGAGGGCAAUAAAGGGGCAGUGAGAUAAAAAUGUCUCUUGUGGCAUCCAUCUGUUCAACUGGAAUUGACUUGAAGGGAAAUCUAGCUCGCUGACGUCGUUGAAAUAAAUAUGUCUAGCAGGAAGCAUCUGUCUCCAUACAGCUCUCCUGCGAGCCCUUUUGCACAAUAUCGACAUUUCCGAAGUUAUUUGUGUAAUGUCGUGACAGUCCGCGGCGGACCUGCAGCUACGGAGAGGACCAACCGGGAAAUCUCAUUGUCUCGUGUUACGUUUCUGUGAUGUGUCAUUUCUCACACCUCCUCCUCAUGUAUACUCUUCCGCAGGACAUAAAAGAUUCUGAUGUAGGAAUU